AUAGAGAGCACAUUUUGUUGGGAGGAGAGAAACUGAAGAUUUGGUUUCAGACAGGUAGCAAGGGCAUCGUAAACUCACAUAUUCUCCCCGGUUUCCUUUCCCUUGUGUUCUCUUCAUUCAACGCCUUGUUUGCUUCACCGCCAUUAAAGUCUACAGCAUCUGCUUUCUCUCCUUUACUCUCUUCAAUACCCAUUAAUCAAACCCAAACUACAAACUAUAUAUCUGUUCUCCCUUUUUUUUAUCAACAAUCAUGGCGUCACCGGAUGUUCUGCAGAGAGAAGAAGACCUCCUUCAUUCGUCUCCUCUUCUUGAUCCCAAGAAAGCAGGAGAGAGUGCGAAGUCGCGUGGAAUUUCCAUUGAAAAGAAGAUUGAAUUCUUAGAAAGCUUAACUGGAAAAGUUAGCAAUCGACGGUCUCGAAGAUGGUUAAAUGAUCGUUUGUUGAUGGAACUUGUUCCUCGCUUAGAUGCAGAAGAAAUUAGAGGAUUGUUUGCUCCCCCACCCUGGGGUGAUGAAGUGCUGCCAUCAGCUUUUUGUAUGACAAAUUGUGGAGAGUGGGACAAAUUCAGGAAUAUAGACAUGGACAAAGAGGCUAUUAUUGUUACUGCUCAAAAUAGCUCAUGUCUAAAGAGGAAAUGUCAUGUCAAUGCUGAGAAGAUUGCUGUUUUAAAUGCAUGGCACAGAAUUGACUGUCGAACAAGAGAGGCACUUCGCCGUAGCUUUCUUUUAGAACUGAUUGAGGGCUAUGAGGAUUGCAUACGGGCCUUCAUUAAGGAGAGUCGAGAUGGGGAUGUGCUCGAGCUGAAGGUUCAAGAUUCUUUUCAUAGGUUGUUGCUGCAUGGUGUCUGUGAGUUCUACAAUUUGGUCUCAGUAACAGUUACAGAAUCAAAGGAUUCAGAAUCUUUGAAGAUGACAGAGAUAAAAAAGAAGAAAAGGGUCUUACCGGAGCUCCCAAACAUCACCCUGUCCCAUUUCUUGAAAAUGUCCAAGGAAGGGAUAUGGUAAAAGUUUCCAGCUGUGGUUCCCCCAUUGAAAAUGGACAUAAAUAAGACAGUGUAUAAUAAUAUGAUUUAUUGGUGAAUUUUCAUGUAUUUUAGUGAAGCAAUUUCAUUUCCUUGUCUCAGUUAUCUACAAUUAAACUACUUCCAAUGACAAGUAGCUUUAAAAGCUGAUUAUCUGUAAUUACCUAAUCAACAAGAUGUUGAUUAUAGGUAUAGUGUUUAUUAAAAUCAUUAACUUUCUUCA